AUGGACAUUUUGGCUGAGAGUUCGCGGAUUGACCCUUGGCUUCUUAAUCAGCAAUUUUUUCAUGGAUAUCUGACGAGAGAAGAUUUGCCUUCAAUUCUUCGCGAUCAUGGAGAUUUCCUUGUAAGAUGUAGUGAGGCUGGGAAACAAAAGCCACGAGAGAUCAUAGUUUCUGUCAUGUAUGACCCAGAGGGCAAAAUGAAAGGAAUGGACCGCGACAUUCAAAUGGAAGCGAUUCGGCACAUCAUAGUUCAAUCUUUAUCGAACAAUGAACAGACACAUUACUAUCUCGACAUGAACACAAAAUUUCCUUCAAUUGAGGAGCUUCUGAUGCAUCACAGGGUCCAUCCUAUUAUUGUUAACCAGGUAGAAGUAGCUCUGAAAAAGGGAAUGCCUCUUGCUACAUGGGAAUAUCCAGCAAAGGCCGUGGAGGUGGGAAAGUUCUUGGGAACAGGGCCGUUUGGAGAAAUAAGAAAAGGAAAACUCACGAAAAGAGAUGGCAAUGUUAUCGAUGUGUCUGUCAGAAUGAUGAAGGGCCGAUCCGAUAUCUGUAAGCAGCAAAUGAGAGAAUUAAUACGGCAAGCUCGACUAAUGAGAGAACUUGCUCAUCCAAAUGUACUGCGUUUCCAUGGGGUCUGCUUUCUACAACUUCCAGUACUCGUUCUAAUCGAAUUAGUUUCAGGGGGAGCACUUGAUGCAUAUUUGCUGGAUAACAAAUCCACGAUUGGUAAAGAGGAAAAGGUGCAAAUGAUAGCAAGUGCAGGGUCUGCUCUCAAAUAUCUGCACCUGAAAGAAAUCCUUCUCAGAGACAUAGCUGCCAAGAAUUGUCUCUACACUGCUAACAAACUUUUGAAAAUCAGCGAGUUCGGAUGGUCUCGUCGCGGAACCGUCUAUAAGAUUAAAGCUAAUAAAAAAGGAAACACUAAAAUAGAGAGUUUUAUCAAGUGGAUGGCCCCAGAGAGUAUACGGACUUAUACUUUCAGUCAGAAAACCGAUGUGUACAGCUACGGGAUGCUGAUCUACGAAAUAUUUGCUUGUGAAGAACCAUAUGCAAAGAUGUCCACGACUGCAGCAAAAGAAGCAGUGUUGUCUGGUGCACUCAAUCAAUUCCCAACAGAAACUCCUAGUACGAUUAUUAAUUAUGUGAGAGGAAAAAUGUGGAAUAUGGAUCCAGAUAAAAGAGCAACAAUAACAGAGAUAGUACAAUGGAUGAGCAGCUUCAUAGGUCCCACUCCUCGAACUGCUGUUUUAGCUUACCAUUAG